GAAAAAAAUCAUUGGAUUGUUAAAACUCGAUAUUAUAAUUCAGAAAGAUACUGUUCGUAUUUUCUUAUUUUAAAUACAGAGACGUGAUUUUAUAAGCAAACAAAGGCAGGAUGGCAAGACGGACGAUUAUGUUACGCACACUUAUUCUGGGAUUUACAGGUGGUCCAGGGAUUAUAUUCCAUCAAGCCAUGGUAGACUGCGCGAGGGCAGCUAUAUUAUUGCCUCUUGGCUCUAGUAUAUUGAAUUGUCAACCCGUUAACAAGUGCUCCUUGGUCGAGACUGCUUUUCUGCUGCUGGUGACCGUUUCUACGGUAAAUAUGUUAACAACCGUGCUAAACGACAGCCCGGUAUUUCCAGAGAGCGACGAGGAGGCAGAUCUGACCGCUCCUCUAUUGAUGGACUCGCCCCAGUGUGUACUCUUUGGCACUUUCAUGAUCUGGUUCGCGAGCAUAACGAUAAAUUUGGGGCCUACGUUUCUCAGCGGAGCCCUAGCGGCCAACACAGAGAGCGGACACAACGCGCCUAGUUGCCCGUUGGUACACGGCCCUUUUCGUCACUAUAUUCUCAACGUCCUUUGGAUUGUCAUCAACAUCAUUUGCGUGGCGCUCACGCUUUUUCAUUUGAGAAAAUUGCACAGGGAUUUGACGAAAGCUAACGUAGAAGCGGUACGAGUAGCUGGCCUCGUCACAACGCUCGUUAAUGUGACAGGCGGACAUCAGGGUGCAACCAACGCGCUUGCAACCGAUGAUGGUGCAGUUGACACAAGAAACGGUACGACACCGAAAAGAACAGGCGCCGUCGAGGAGCAUCGGAAAAUGAGGAAUUACCUUAGAAGGAUGGAACGCGAGGGCGUGCAAAGGGUGAAAAUGUUCCUGGUCAUAACGGCAGCGUAUGUCAUAUUCUGGGGACCAUUGUUUUUCGUUACCUUGGUGCACCAUCCUGUUAUAGGCAAUCCUACAGGUUACGAGGUGACUCUGCACAUCGCGUAUGUGCACGCCUUCGUAAACCCGGCUCUGUUUCUCGCCCUACACCGCGGGCUGCGGCAAGGCAUGUUGGACGUGUGUUGCGGCUGCUGCGAGAGCGUAGCCAGAUGGAUCCUCGGAUCCGCCGCCUCCGGUCCGCAGAAUGUCAUGCAAAACGUCACCCUACCACGAUACGAGGCGCCGAUGAAUCUACCCUCGCCUCCGGAUCCACCCCUAGCGUCAGGCGUCGCGCCGUCAGGACGCAAUCUUACCGAUGUGGCCCUCCUAAAACCACCCCUGCCACCGACUGCCAAACACUUGCUGGUGGUAGGACACUUAGUCGAAUAAUCCGUCGACUCUUAACGCGAAAUUUGUCCCUAAUGACCUUAAAGACCGGGCUUUAAUGAAGAGAAGAGAAUCGCCUUAAUCGCUUGAUAAUUGAUUCGUAAUUACUCGAAGACUAAUUUUCCUUGAAAAUAUUAUA